AUGGUCGAGGUGCAGGUGACCCUGCGUCUGCAGUGUGAGCAGCUGGCCAAGGAGAGGUCCGAGGCCAGCCUGAGACUGAACAAGGCCCUACUGGAUCUGGAGAGACUACGGCCCCCCAGCCCCACACACUCUACUCCGCUAUUAUGGCGGAGAGGGCUUUGCGAUGCCACGCCCAGACAGAGACGCUGGGAGGAGCAUGACAAAGUUAAGGCGGAGCUGCAGCGCUCCCUGCAGGCUAGUGAGAACAGUGCAGCGGCGGCCAAGGAGGCUUUGCGUGUGAAGGAGACAGAGCUGAGAGACCUGAGGUCCCAGAAGGCUGUGGAACAGGGCCUGGUGUCCAAGGAGGACCACGAGUCCCAGCGCCUCUCACUGCAGGCCGAGAUCAACGCAUUCACCGCCCAAUUCAACAACCUCACACGCAAACACGAGAAGACUUGCACCGAGGUGUUCCAGGUGCAGCGUGAGGCUCUGUUUAAUAAGAGUGAGUGUCAGGUGGCCGAGGCUCAGCUGGCCACAGCGCAGCAGCAGCUGGCUGACCUGCAGGCCCAGUCCAGCCACGUCCAGGAGCUCCACAAAGACAUCCAGGACUCCCAGGCCCUGGUCAAGGAGAAUGACCGCAAGAUAAUUGAGCUGUCUAAGGAAGUGUUCCGUCUGAAAGAGGCUGUGGGGGCUCUGAGUCCUCCUCUGGGCUUUUCCUCCUCCUCCCACUCCCAGUCUGAGAGAGUCCACCCUGGGAACCUUGGCCAGCAGGUGUCACUGCAGAACAGAGUGGCUGUACUCUUCAAGGAAAUCCAAGAUUGGGAACGAACGCACAGACAAGUUAUAGCUGUGUACCGAUCCCAUCUACUGGCUGCUGUACAGGGCCGGAUGGACGAGGAGGUACAGGGUCUGUUACUUCAUAUCCUCAGUAUGUCACACAAGGACCAGGGACACUGACCCCCCUGGUUGGUUGGUUGGUUGGUUGGUUGGUUGGUUGGCUGGCUGGCUGGCUGGCAGGCAGGCAGGCAGGCAGGCAGGCAGGCAGGCAGGCAGGCAGGCAGACUACUCACUGUACACUGGCAGACACAACAGGCCAUGGGAUCCAGCACUGUACUGUACCAUCUACUAACUACAGAAUAUGUACACACUUACUGAAAGCAGCUGGUCUGUUUUGGAGACAGCUGCAUACAAUACAAUACAGACAUCAAGGCUAACCCAUUUAUGACUAGCAUUGAACUGGAUAUGUAUGGAUAAGUAUGGUUUUCUGGUAUCAGAAAGAGAAAUGUCUGUAUAGAGAUGUACUUGUAUUGAAUAACAAGAAUGUAUCUCUUGUCUCUUGAGCCUACUGAUUGUAUGACUGAUUGUAUUCUGUAUGAUAUUCUUACAGUAAAGAUAUAGAA